AACAAAAGUUGACGCUACCGCUUUUCCCUUAGCAAAACAGCUAGCUAACGUUGGUUGAUUGGCUAGCCUAUUGAAAUACAUUUGUAAUGUAAUCGGUAGUUCAAUGCAAGAUUGACACAACUACCUCGAAUAGUUAUUUGGUUACGUCUCCUUAUUUUAGGGGACUUGUUUUGUUUUGUAACAGUGGCUAACUGUAGUCGGACGUUUGAUAUAACCCUGGAGGAAGAAGGGUUUUAUUCCCCUUCAGCAUUGUUUUCUUAUGGAACUUAGCCUGCAAGCUAACUUGGACUGACAGCCGGGCAUCUGAAGUUCAUUUGUAACGUGCAGCCAACUUUCUUUGAAUUGAACAGUAUUCAGGCUUGAGUGAUGACGGAAAAUUUGGAAGCAACUUCGGAACUUCAGUCCAGAUUGUCUUCCCUUUCUGUGUCGUCUUUUCCUGGAAUAACGUCGAAGAAUUGUCCAGCUAACGCUCAAGAUGGGCUUCUGAGUACAGACCUGUCCCAGCACCCACAGAACACUGCCAACCUUCUGAAUGAUGACUGCAAAGGCCUUCCACAGCCCACGGAGACUGACCUGGUUGAGCCCUCUGGGCAGGCCAUGGACGGCGACUCUGAGAUGAAUGGUACUAAUGGGAAGGAGCAGCUCCCAGGAGACAAAAAAGCAACAUUGCCCCCUCUCAAACCGCCGUCCACCUGGACAUCCCCCGCACUGAAGGAGCUGAAGACCAAGCUUCGACAGGAAAAGGACAGCGUGGUGACUGUGUACAGGGGUGACGUCAUGACCGUACAUGUUCCCACGGUCCCCGAGGCCAAGCAGGUGUGCUGGGAGUUCGCCACCGAUGGUUAUGACAUCGGCUUCGGUAUCUACUUUGACUGGACGCCAGUCACAAACCGGGCCAUUACUGUGCAGAUCAGUGAGUCCAGCGACGAUGAGGACGAGGAUGAAGACCUGGAAGGACCUGUGAAUCCUGGGGAUGUAGAGAAGGGGUCAAAGUCAGCAGCCAGUUCAAACCUGGGAGAGAUUCUUCCAGUGUACCGCCAAGACAGCCACUUGGCAGUCCAGGCAGGCAGUCACGAGUUUCCAGGUGAGGGCACGUACCUCCUGAAGUUCGACAACUCCUACUCUCUGUGGCGAAAUAAAACUCUGUACUACAGAGUGUACUACAGUGCCUGAGAACCAAUAUCCAUGACUGCAGUUGAAUGUUUCAACUGAAGGACUUCAGAGAUCUCUAUUUUUGAUUCUAUAUAGUAUAUGCUUGGGCUUGUGAAUUAUGUAAAAGCAACUGAUGUCUCGCCUGGAUUGUUGUCUGUGCUGGAUUUGUCACAAUGACGAGAGAGCAUUUGCGAAAGGAGUCACGCAAGAUGUUUAAUCAAGACUGAGAUUUUAAAGCUUUGUGUAUGUGCAUAGUUCCUGUGUCUUAUGUGUUUUGUGUGAUGAGGUAAUGUACACUGUCCAUGUUUUUGAAUUUGAUUUUUUUGUUUUAUCCAGUGCCGUCACCUUUAAACAGCAAGUUUUAAAGGGGUAGUUCACCCAACUAUUAUUAAAUUGAUGUAUGUUUUCAUUUACUUCGGUAGCAGUAGUAGUUCUCGAGGAACUCUGUGCCAUUAUAUUUGGAAAUAGAUUGCUUUUGAGUUUUUCGAUUGUAAAUUUCCGGCGCUUUUAGUAUCACAAAAAUAUGGGUCUGUUGAGGUCCAUUGUAUCAGGGUGAGUUGCAGUGGAUAUCUAUAAAACUUGUCAAAUCUCAGCAAAAUUAUCUGGAUAAAUAGAUAUUACUCCAGGUAAGUGGAAACAUACCUUAAUUUCAUUUUGGGUCAGCUGCCCCUCUAAGUGAGAGAACUCUAGAUCUCAUGGUUAUUGAGGAUAUAAAAUUCAGUUGUCAAAUCUGUCUUCAUAGGCACUUUUGGUGGCUCUGUGAGGGAAGAAAAUGUGAAGGAAUUUGGUUUUACCCAGCACUAGACUUGUUUUGAGCUUGGUUGGUUCAACUAAACUCUUACCCUGCGAUUAAUUUUAUAAUUUUAAAUCUGGACAAAUUGCAUGAUAAUGUAGUAAAAUACAGCUCAUUUUCAAGGAACAGUGAUAGUAGGCUUUGAAGAUAUUUGUGAUGGGUGCAAGGCCUUGUAUACCAAACCCAUAAUGAGAAUGAGAAUCUGUCAAACUACGGUGCUGUUGACAUGCAAAUUUUUAAAAUGUCCGGUCAACAUUUCUAGGCAUCUAUUCCUUUUUGAAGGGAGUUGCCAUUUAGAACAGCAGUAAGCACAAAAACGGUCAAGACAGGAUUUAAGAAGUACAUUUUCUUUUGUAUUUAGGAAAUACUGACAAAAUGCAGAAUGGAACCUGAUGUAGAAUAUUAUACUUUGUCCUUAGAAGGCAAAUGCGUUGUAUUCCACAUUUAAGGCAUUCACAAACCAUCUGCUCUUGCUCGAGAGAACCCACUAUCUGUGCCUAGAGCAUAGAGACAUACUGUACAUUCAUACAAAUGUUUUCAGUUGUCUAGAACACUUUGAAAAUGGCCUAUUGCAUUCAGGAAGCUUGAGCAUUGCAUAUCCAAAUCAGUUUGCACAUUCCUAAAAAUGGCAUGACCCAUAGUGAUUUUCAUAUUUUGACUGUAAUGCAAUGUUUCUUUUAAUUUAUUGACCUUUAAAGAUGUGUGAAAGUGUUUUAAAAUGUUUAAUACUCAAAAUGUCCCUCCAAAGAAAACAAAAUGUAGAAAGUUAAAACCGUUGUCAGGGAUGUGUCGUUUAUAGCCUGUUUUUUUGUGAAACGGAAAGCCAUCUCGUCAUAGAGAAAGGAUUUAUAUAGCUGUGGCGGAUUUAUUUUAUAUUUAGUCUGCCUGUAGCCAUUUUGAAAACAGGUUGUUUGACUAAACAGCUGGCUGGUUGAAAGAUUUGACAAUCAAGGAAGCGAACGCUGGCAGAAAAUCAUGUUAUUUCCUCAUUACUAAUUAAAAUUCCAAUAUAAUGUGAUGACAGAUGUGCGUGUAACCUUGUACAGUGCCCUGAAAGUGGAAUCAUUUAAAAUUUGUGUAAGGACAUUGUGUGUGCAAAGGUUAUUACAUUGUGUUUGGUUUUAUCUAUAAUUUGAUGCUAGCUAUAGGGAAAAAUAUGUACUAUCACUUUAAUUGCCAUUCCCCUUCAAAUCAUUGCACCAGUACCUCAGUCAGUUGUGCUUGUUCCAAAGAAAUCAUUCAUGUUGUGCUGCUAGUCGGGGGGGGGGAAACUCCCCAAUUGAAGCUUUUUGUUCACUGUGCACUGUAUUUCUGACACACUUGGUUAUAUAAUUGGAGUAUACUGCUCAUUAAAUAAAGGCAUUUGGUUUUAGCAUCUUUGUUUCA